GCUGCACUCUAAAAUCUGAUUGAUGGUUUCCAUUACAUGAAAAUUUAUGUGAAAGCAAGGUCCCAGGCUUAGGCUUGUUUAGUUUCUUUGUCAUUUUUGUUAAAGAUAUUUUUGCUGAUGCAAUGGCGAUUGAUUCUGUUCAUCAUCCUAAAGACGAAAAGAAAGACGAGCAGAAACAACUGGUGUUCGAUGCCUCGGUGCUUAAAUAUCAGUCCAUCAUACCGAAACAGUUUAUAUGGCCCGACCAUGAAAAGCCUAGCGUUCAUGCACCACUGCUCCAAGUACCAUUGAUUGACCUAGGAGGGUUCCUUUCCGGUGACCCUGUUUCCGCAAUGGAAGCGUCGAGGCUUGUCGGCGAGGCGUGCCAGCAGCACGGUUUCUUCCUAGUGGUUAAUCACGGGGUCGACGCCACACUUGUGGCUGAUGCUCAUAGUCACAUGGAUAACUUCUUCGAAUUAACACUCGCUGAUAAGCAAAGGGCUCAGAGGAAACUCGGAGAGCACUGCGGAUAUGCUAGUAGCUUCACCGGUAGAUUCUCCUCGAAGCUGCCUUGGAAGGAAACGCUUUCGUUCCGGUACUCGGCCGAGAAAAACUCUUCCAAGAUCGUUCAAGAGUACCUCGUCGACAAAUUGGGAGACGAAUUCGAGCAUUUUGGGAGAGUUUACCAAGACUACUGCGAGGCAAUGAGCAAGCUUUCACUAGGGAUAAUGGAGCUUUUAGCCAUUAGUCUUGGUGUAAAAAGAUCAAAUUUCAGAGAAUUUUUCGAGGAAAACGAUUCAAUAAUGAGGCUGAACUACUACCCACCAUGUCAAAAACCAGACCUCACUUUAGGAACAGGACCUCAUUGCGAUCCAACGUCUUUAACCAUACUUCACCAGGACCGAGUUGGUGGCCUUCAAGUGUUCGUAGACGAGUGGCGUUUAAUUAGCCCAAAUCCCGAAGCAUUCGUCGUCAACAUCGGCGACACCUUCAUGGCACUUUCAAACGGGAGAUACAAGAGUUGCUUGCACCGUGCGGUGGUGAACAGACACACCACAAGGAAAUCACUCGCUUUCUUCCUGUGUCCGAAGGGAGAUAAAGUGAUAACCCCACCAACAGAGUUGGUGGACGCCAUUAAUCCAAGAGUAUACCCAGAUUUCACUUGGCCUAUGCUGCUUGAAUUCACACAAAAGCAUUACAGAGCCGAUAUGAACACACUUGAAGUAUUCUCCAACUGGGUUCAACACAGAAACAGCUGAACUUGUCAUUACAGUCCAGGCCAUGUCUGCCAAACAAAAUGACAUUGAUGUGCGGGUGAGAGAGAAAAAAUGUGAUUUUUUUUUCCUGCUACGAGUUAAAAGGAAGACCAAAAAGGCAAAGUUGCUACCUUUUUUUUUCUUAGUGAUGAACAAAAGGCACGACAAUGGAUACUGUAAGGAAGUAAGGGAACACAAUAAAGAUAUCAAUCAGCUUUUAACUUUUUCUUUCAUCUCCAUUGAUAAUAUAAAAAGGGCUAUCAGUACAAUUACCUCUCUUCCUGUAAAAACAAAUUUA